AAAAAACAAAAAAAAGUGAAGUUGUGUGAAGUACAAAGUGACAGCUACCUGACACAUAAACGCACGGAUAACUGAACAUAUGAGGAAGAAGGAAACGUUUCAGAGAUGUGACACAUCCGGGUCAUCAAAGGCGUCUUUAGGUUGAAGCUCGGUUUUGACAACAACACGCUGCUGCACAGCCCGACGACAAGGGGAGUGUUAUACAACCAGUCUGUGAUGGUUAUGAAAGGAUUUCUCCAGUUUGUGACCAAUCAACCAGUACAGUUUCAUCCCAGAGAACAAAUCUGGAUUUCAGCCCAGUCCUCUCUGUUUCCUGCCCUCUUUGUGAAAUGACCUGACCGCCACUUCACUGGUUCCAGCAUCAGAUGACAAUGGCCAGAAUAGCCUGGUACCAAGAGAAGAUCGGGGCCUAUGAUCAGCAAGUCUGGGAGAAAUCUCUGGAGCAGACGGAUUUAAAUGGUUUGGACAGCCAGCCACGUAAGACGGGUCACAUCAAACAAGACCUCAUUGAUGUCGACUUAGUAAGAGGAUCAACAUUCAGCAAAGCCAAGCCAGACAGUCCCUGGGCUGCUCUGACCCGGAAGGGUCUGGUCAGAGUGCUGCUGUUCCCGUUCUUCUUCCAGUGGUGGAUACAGGUGACCUCCAGGUCCAUCUCCUCAUGGAUCCUCGUGCUGUAUUUCAUGCAAGUGGCAGCGGUGGUGCUUUACUUGGAGGUCCCUGGGGCGAGUGCCAGCGAGGUGUUUGGGCCCAUGUGUCUGAUGCUGCUGCUGGGUACCGUGCACUGCCAGAUUGUGUCGACUGAGUCCAGCCGGUGGCCCUCGGGCAGUCCAGCUGCCAGCUGCACCACCAGCCCCGCUCGCAGACGGAGGCCGAGGAAGGGCAGAGUGCUGAAAAAAUCAGAAGAAAAGAAUGACGGCGGGGACGCAGAGCAGCAGGGGCCGUUUGAGGAAGUGCAGCGAUUAUACAGGAACGAAGAGAGGAGGACCAUCAGAAAAUCAGGAUUUGGGGCUUCUGAUGAGCUCUCCAGUGAGGAAGAGGAGGGGGUUCAACCUGUGGAAGUAAUUCUUCCAAAACCUCAUCAAGAGAGGCAGCCUGCUUCUUCAUCUGCACCUAUGCCUUCUGUUAGGAGGAGAAGUCUAAAGUCAAACUCCAAAACCCCAUUAAGACCUCAGGAAGGGAGUGGGGCCUCCGUCAAGGUGAAGCACAGAGAGGUGGAUCGCCUCAGGCCGAGCGUGGGCUCGCGUCCCGCCUCCGACACUGAUGACACACUGUGGGAGGAGCUUCUCCAAGGGCCUGACACCGCCUCCACGGGGAGCAGUGACAGCGAGGCCAACGGGAGGUUCAACGCUGGCAUGGCGAUCCAACAAACCACCACUCUGAGCAGUGAUGAUGAAAACAUACAGCAGGGAAUCACCGUAAGCCAGCUGUCUUGGCUGCAGGCGUGUCACCCAUCCAAAGACCGCGUCAGUGCCAUAAUAUGGGAGCAGGGCGAUUGUAAGAAAGCAGACAUGUCGGUGUUGGAGAUCAGUGGGAUCAUCCUCACGCGGGUGAAGUUGGUGGAGCAGGGUAUGGGUUACCUUGUGCUCGGCGGGUUGAUGACAGCCACCCUGGCGCUGCUUCCCUUUGCCUUCCACCUGGCUCAGCGUCUGGACAUGUCGAUCCUCGGCUCCAUGUCCCUGAAGGAGUUUGGAGAAAUGGCGGUCUGGCGGCACGAUGCCCAGGUCUAUGUCUUUUUCUUUGUCACGAUGGUGCUGAGAGUCUGCCUCAUAGGACUGUUCUUCUUCAUGAUGUGCGUGGCUGAGAGGACGUAUAAACAGAGACUCUUAUUCGCAAAGUACUUCAGCCACCUCACUUCAGCUCGCAAGGCCAAGAAAUCAGAGAUCCCUCAUUUCAGGCUGAAGAAGGUCCAGAACAUAAAGAUGUGGUUGUCACUACGCUCUUUUCUCAGGAGGCGAGGGCCGCAGCGCUCCGUAGACGUUAUCGUCUCCACUAUCUUCCUUUUGGCGCUCUCCAUUUCAUUCAUCAUAUGUGCCCAGCUGCUGCACAACCACCAGACAUUCCUAGAAUCUCUGACCAACUGGGAGCUGAUGGUUUGGGCCUCCUCCCUCGUGCUCUUUCUCUUACGGCUGGCCACGCUGGGCUCGGAGACAAACUGCAAAUACAGCAACUCCUCAGUGCUGCUAACCGAGCAGAUCAAUUUGUAUCUCAAGAUGGAGAAAAAGCCCAAUAAGAAAGAAGAACUCAACAUAGUGAACAACGUUUUGAAACUGGCUACAAAACUGAUGAAGGAGCUGGAUACUCCAUUCAGACUGCUGGGUCUGACUGUGAACCCUCUAAUCUACAACAUCACCAGAGUGGUCAUCCUGUCCGCUGUGUCUGCUGUGGUCAGCGACCUGCUCGGCUUCAACAUCAGACUGUGGAAAAUAAAGCCUUAAUGUGAAAACGGCAAACCACUAACAGUCGGACACUGGAGACCAGAAACUCCCCACGUCUGCUGCCACCAGCGUCUCAUCUACAACAACUAAAAAGUGCAAACCUACUGACUGUAUAAUCAUUGUCUGUGCCUUCCAGCUGAAACUUCUGUCUCUUGGGUUUCAUCAGUCUUUUUAAAAGCCAAACACACACACACACACACACACACACACACACACACACACACACACACACACACACACACACACACACACACACACACACACACACACACACACACACACACCAGUACUGGCUGCUCGGCCAAGUGUCCAUCUACCACGCCACUAACCCAGUGCCUAACCGCUGACCCUUUAAUGUUCUUCAGUGUGAGGUUAAAUACAGCGGUGAGUUUAAGGGUCGGAGGUCAUUUCAGGCUUCGCUGGCAUCCACAUUUACAAAUGUGUACAGAUGGGUCGACUCAACAUGAAAUGUAAAUGCAGAUGUAGAUAAUAUUGUCUUAUUCACUGAUGUUUCUCAUCAGUCUGACUGUAAAUCAAAACAGGCUGCUGGCUUAAUUAAGUGAUUUUUUUAUAGGAUUCAACUAUAAUUUCAACCUUUUGUACUAUUUAAAGAGGAAACAUUGUGAUUUGUAAGCGGGCUUUAUUUAUUUGGGGAUCUAUUUUAGCACUUGUAAUGGUACCUGUAAAUCACGACUCUCUGACCACUAUCUAUUGAGGACCAUUGUUGAAUGAAAUAACUAUGCAUUGUUUGCAUAGUUAUGCUUAAAUUAAUUGUUUGAUAAAGGUGAAUAAAUGUU